UUGUUCUAAGGGACCCGAGCAUGCGCAUGAGACUUGACAAAAAAAAAAACCCUUGGGAUGCGGCGUAAAAGGCUUUCGAGCGCGGUGGGCUGGAGAGGCGCUCCGCGGUCCAGGCUCUGGGAUGCCGGGGGAACCUCCGGCGGGGAGCGAUUUGCAGCUGCUCUUCUCAGCCUCAAAAGCCCCGAGAGAGCGGAGCCCCGCUUCUCCCCCCGAAACCGGGAAAGGGGCGGGGGGAUCGGCAGGGAAGAGUCCUCCGUGGACCCAAAAGGCGGCCGCGGAAGGAGUUUCCCCCCAGUUCGGGCUGCGCUGAAGCCGGACACCGAAUGGAGGGAGCAGCGGGGAGCGGCUGCGGCGGGGGAAACGGCCUCCCCGAGGAGCACGGGCUGUGCCGGGGGUGGCUGCGGCCCGAGCGGCGCAGCAAAGCCGAGAUGCUGGACCUGGUGGUGCUGGAGCAGCUGCUGGCCCUGCUGCCCGCGGAGCUGUCGGGCUGGCUGAGGGAGUGCGGGGCGGAGAGCUGCGCCCAGGCGGUGGCCCUGGCCGAAGGCUGCCUCCUCGGCCCCGCGCUUGCCCCGGCGGCAGAUGCAGGAGCUGUUCACAGGAGAGAUCUCAGCAGAGCUCCAGGAAAGAGGAAAUCAAUGCGGUCCUUCUCAGGAGCUGCUUUUCAGGAGGAUCCAACUUGGAGCAUUACAGCAGGUGAUCCAAUGGAAAAGGAGAAGCAGGAGAGAUUAAUGCUGCUGCAAACAUUAAAUUAUGAAGUAGAAGUGAUGUUUGACCGUCAAGGGUAUCCAGAAACACAAGAAAGAUGCCGCUCAGAAGUUGGAGAGGAAAAGACCUCCAUAUCUUAUUCCUUUUCUCUUACUUUAACUAAGAACCUUUUCAGGAAACACAAACCACAUACCAUUGUAAAAUUGGGGGGGUUUCUGGUCUGAACAAAAAGACUAAAAUAUGCACAAAGUAUGGAAAUACCUUUAGUAGUAAGACUAGUCUUAACAGCCAUUGAAGGAUCCACACAGGAGGGAGAAUUUACAAAUGCCUGGAUUAUGGAAAGAGCUUUUUUGAUAAUAAAGUCCUUACUCAUCAUCAAUGGAUUCAUACAGGGGAUAAACCCAGUGGUGGGAUUCAAAUAAUUUAAUAACCGGCUCUCUGCCCUAAUGAUUUCUUCCAACAACCAGUUCACCAAACUGCUCAGAAAGUUAACAACCGGUUCUCCCGAAGUGGUGCGAACUGGCUGAAUCCCACCACUGGAUAAACUGUAUAAAUGCUUGGAGUGUAGAAAAAGCUUCCAUCUCAGGAGUAGUAUUAAUCACCAUGAGAGGAGGGGAGAGGGGAGAAAAAAUAUAGGUGCAACAAGUGUGGAAAGAGUUUCUUUGAGAAUAGAUCUCUUACUAUCCAUCAAAGGAUCCACAUUGGGGAGAGACCGUAUAAGUACCUGUAAUGUGGAAAGAGCUUUUUUGACAACAAAGCCCUUACUCAUCACCAAUGGAUUCACACGGGAUAAGCCAUAUAAAUACUUUAAGUGUGGAAAGAGAUUUAUUCAGAAAGGACAACUUAAUUCUCAUAAAAGGGUGCACACGGCAGAAACCGUAUAAAUGCACGGUGUGUGGAAAGAGCUUUGGUUUGAAAAGUUACCUGAACCACCAUGAGAGAAUCCGCAGAGGGGAGAAAAAACAUUCCUGCAGCGAGCAUGGAAGUUUUUUAGAAAAAAGAAUUAUUACUAUCCAUCAAAGAAUCCACACAGGAGAGAGACCUUAUUUAUUUAUUUAGAUUUUUAUACCGCCCUUCUCCCGAAGGGCUCAGGGCGGUUUACAGCCAGAUAAAACAGAACAACAGAAUAAAUACAAGAUAAAAUAAUAUUUAAAAAACUUAUUAAAUUUGGCCCAGAUUAAAAUUAUAUUUAAAACGGUAAAACCCACUAAAAAAUUAGAAACCGAAUAAAAUCGAAAAUUCUAUGCCAGUCCUGCGCGAAUAAAUAAAUGUCUUCAGCUCGCGGCGAAAGGUUCAAAGGUCAGGAAGUUGGCGGAGUCCUGGGGGAAGUUCAUUCCAGAGGGUGGGAGCCCCCACAGAGAAGGCCCUUCCCCUGGGGGCCGCCAGCUGACAUUGCUUGGCAGACAGCACCCUAAGGAGUCCCUCUCUGAGAGCACACGGGUCAGUGGGAGGCAAUCGGUAGCAGUAGGCGGUCCCGUAAAUAACCCGGCCCUAAGCCAUGGAGCACUUUAAAGGUAGUAACCAACACCUUGAAGUGCACCCGAAAGACCACAGGUAGCCAGUGCAGCCUGCGCAGGAGUGGUGUCACAUGGGAGCCAUGAGCGGCUCCCUCUAUCACCCGCGCAGCUGCAUUCUGAACCAACUGGAGCCUCCGGGUGCUCUUCAAGGGGAGCCCCAUGUAGAGAGCAUUGCAGUAAUCCAAGUGAGAGGUAACGAGCAUGAGUGACCAUGCAUAGGGCAUCCCGGUCAAGGAAGGGGCGCAACUGGCGAAUCAGGCGGACCUGAUAAAAAGCUCUCCUGGAGACGGUCGUCAGGUGAUCUUCAAAAGACAACUGCCCAUCCAGGAGAACGCCCAAGUUGCGCACCCUUUCCAUCGGGGCCAAUGACUCGCCCCCAACAGUCAGCCGCGGCUGCAGCUGACUGUACCGGGGUGCCGGCAUCCACAGCCACUCCAUCUUGGAGGGAUUGAGCUUGAGCCUGUUUCUCCCCAUCCAGACCCGUACGGCUUCCAGACACCGGGACAGCACUUCAAUAGCUUCGUUGGGGUGGCCUGGGAUAGAAAAGUACAGCUGCGUAUCAUCAGCGUACAGUUGGUACCUCACCCCAAUAAAUGCAUGGAUUAUAAAUGCAUGGAUUGUGGAAAGAGCUUUAUUUUGAAAGGGAAACUUAAUUCUCAUAAAAGAAUUCAUACUGGGGAAAAGCCCUAUAAAUGCUUGGGAUGUGGAGGGAGCUUUUUUGACAACAAGGUACUUACUUGGCACCAAAAGAUUCAUACAGGGGAUAAACCCUAUAAAUGCCUGGAUUGUGGAAAGCGCUUUGUUCAGAAAGAACAAUUUAAUUCUCAUAAAAGAAUCCACACAGGAGAAACCCUAUAAAUGCAUAGAGUGUGGAAAGGAAUUUACUCAGAAAGAAAAUCUUACUAAUAAUGGAAGUAUCCAUACAGAAGAGAAACCAGAGUGUACAGAGUGUGAAAAAAACUUUUGUAGCAAGCCUAGUCUUAAUUGCCAUCAAAGGAACCACACGGCUGAGAAACCAUAUAGUUGUGGAAAGGCCUUUGAUUUAAUAGGAAAAAAAAUCUCAUCAAAGGAUUCACACAGGAGAGAGACCUUAUAAAUGCACAGAGUGUGGUAAGAACUUUACUCUGAAAAAACUACUUAAUUCUCAUCAAAGGCUCCACUCAGGAGAGAGACUGUAUAAAUGCAUAGUGUGGAAAGAGCUUCAGUACAAACUCUCAUAUGGCCCAACAUUUAAAGAUUCACAGAGGGGAUAAACCAUAUAAAUGCCUGGAGUGUGGGAAGACUUUAUUCAGAAAGGACAGUUUUGAUAUUUGAAAAUAGAGUGCAUACUUGUACACCAAUGUGACAAUGUGAAAGUUGGACCAUAAGAAAGGCUGAGCGCCAAAGAAUUGAGGCCUUUGAACUCUGGUGCUGGAAAAGACUCCUGCGAGUCCCUUGGACUGCAAGGUGAACAAACAAGUCAGUCCUAGAGGAGAUCAACCCUGACUGCUCUUUAGAAGGCCAGAUCCUGGAGAUGAAACUGAAAUGCUUUGGCCACCUAAUGAGAAGGAAGGGCUCCCUGGAGAAGAGCCUAAUGCUGGGAAAGAUGGAGGGCAAAAGAAGAAAGGGACGACAGAGAAUGAGGUGGCUGGAUGGAGUCACUGAAGCAAUAGGCGUGAGCUUAAAUGGACUCCAGAGGAUAGUAGAGGAUAGGAAAGCCUGGAGGAACGUUGUCCAUGGGGUCGCGAUGGGUCAGACACAACUUCGCCACUAACAACAACAACAACAACUUGUCACCAAAAGAUCCACACGGGGAAUAAACCAUUUAGAAUAGAAUAGAAUAGAAUUUUAUUGGCCAAGUGUGAUUGGACACACAAGGAAUUUGUCUUGGUGCAUAUGCUCUCAGUGUACAUAAAAGAAAAGAUACGUUCAUCAAGAUACAACAUUUACAACACAAUUGAUGGUCAAUAUAUCAAUAUAAAUCAUAAGGAUUGCCAGCAACAAGUUAUAGUCAUACAGUCGUAAGUGGAAAGAGAUUGGUGAUGGGAACUAUGAAACGAUUAAUAGUAGUGCAGAUUCAGUAAAUAGUCUGACAGUGUUGAGGGAAUUAUUUGUUUAGCAGAGUGAUGGCCUUCGGGAAAAAACUUAAAUGCACAGAGUGUGGAAAGAGCUUCAUUCAGAAAGGACAACUUAAUUCUCAUAAAAGAAUCCACAUCUCUCAAACGCUCCAUAUUAACGAGAAUAUCUCUUAUUAAUAACCAUGACUAUCCUGUUCCAAAUGGUGUCCCAUGAUGUAGUCCUGCCCGUGAAACCCUCUAUCCUUCCACUGAAAGCAUACAGUCCCGCUUCUCACGUCCUUAUAUUGUAACUCCUCCCUUGAUGUUCUUUCCAAGGCCGCUAGUUACACCUUCAAGAUAAUCUCAAUGGUCCGGAACCACCUCUCCCUACUUGCUCUUUCCAAGGCCUUUGGUUGCACCCGUUAUAUUGGUACAUUCACUCUCAUGUUCUUUUCACGUAUGCUAUCACGUAUCACACAGGGGAGAAACCAUACAAAUGCACAGUGUAUGGAAAGAGCUUUUGUUUCAAAAGUUCUCUUAAUUGCCAUGAGAGGAUCCACACAGUAGAAAAACAACAUUGCUGUGGGAAGUGUGGGAAGAGAUUCAUUGAGAAGGAAGCCCUUACUAUCCAUCUGUUGUGCCUCGCCUGCCCUCCUCUCCGCAGCCGGGCCCCUCCCAUCUCCUGCUAUCUGAGCCAGAGUCUGAUACUGAAGAGGAACGGCCUGGCAUGCCUCCAGCCCCCAGCCCUGGCACCAUGCCCGGACAGAAUGAGCAAACAAACCACCCUCCUACAGCGUGUGAGCACGAAGCCAGCCACGUGCUAGAAUUGCUGGCAGCAGACCAGGAGGAUGGAAAGACACAGUGGACGGAUCCCCGCUUCCGGAGAAUGGAGAGGCGACAUCAGCAAAAGGAAGGGAGGGCAGGCCUGGAUAAGUACUGAGUCAUGGAGCCACACCCCAUGGCCUAUAUAAAGGAUCUGCUUUUUGGCAUUCCUUGAGUCAAGCAAAGUCUCUUCUGGUUGCUGAAGUCACACCUUGGAUUCCUGCCUGCCCUGAGAACUCUGAAAGGAAUUUGGCAAAGCUGCAGAGGCUUCGUGGCCACGCUUGAUACAGACUUCCCAGACCCGGCCAUCGGAGGAGGAGUGGGACACGACACCAUCAGAGGAUCCACAUAUAAAUGCCUGGAGUUUAGAAAUGGGUACUAAGAAAGGCCAACUUAAUUCUCAUAAAAGAAUCCAUACUAUGGAGACACCGUACAUAAUAGUCCUCAACUUACAACCAUUCAUUUAGUGACUGUUGAAAGUUGCAAUGAAAAAAAAAUGAAAUAUUGUAAAAUGAAAAGUUACUUAGAUCCGUUUUCACAUUUAUAA